UACACGUAAACACAGCUGGCUGGACACGUAUCAAGAUUUUGUGAGUGACGUUUGCUUGCAUUUCUGCUUCUGAACUUCAGAUUCCAACAUUUUGCUUUGUGAGUUCGUGUUGUUGGUUGAAAUCCAAGUGCAUUAGCUCUCAUUUCAACACUAGUUACCUACAAGGUAUCACCACAAACACUAAAAAAUGGAUCAGAUCAGCAAAGUUAUCGAGCCUGGCCGUCAGUUCGCCAAGGACUCCCUGAGAUUGGUGAAAAGGUGUACCAAACCAGACAGGAAAGAAUUCCAAAAGAUCGCAGUAGCCACAGCUAUUGGAUUCUGCAUCAUGGGCUUCAUUGGUUUCUUCGUGAAACUCAUACACAUUCCCAUCAACAAUAUCAUUGUAGGAUCAUGAGCAGCUCCACAAGACUUUCCACACCUCAUAAUCAACUGUCAUCUGUUAUCAUAAAACUCGAUCAAUUUAUGUGAAAAUGACUUCAUAAAAAUAAACUUAUCUCAUUGUUAUUUGGUUUGUAUUCAAGAACAUCAACACGGUUCAUACUAUGUAUUAGGACCUGAACACUUGUAUUUAUUAAAUUAUAUACUUUCUUUUCGUA